GCUGUUAGAGCAGGAGGAGGAUGCGCUCCUCCCUCCACCCUGACACCAGCACCUCCUCGCCUCCACCGCGGCCUGUCCCCUCUCACUAUCGCUCUGCGCUGCUUCCUGUCAGACACAAGCUGUGGUUUCAAAUGGAAAAUGUCACCGGGCACUCAAAAAAAUGACAGAGGGAUGAAAGAUUGCACAAGAGAGAGAUAAAGGUGUAAGUAUAAAGAAAGUAGGCUAGAAACUGCAGACGAUCUCCACAGUCCGGAGGAGGACAAUGUAGCCCCCCUGCUGCCACGACUCAUGAGCCUUGUUGCAGUCAUGGUCAUGCAGUGUCCUCUCCACCAUCUGAUGGUUCUACUCUCAAUCCAUGCAGCUCGUUCUCACAGGCUCCAAUGCACCAAUGACUAUGUCAACAAUGUCAGCUGUGUCUGGAGUGGCUCUGGUGAGGACUGCUGGAUUUCUGGGGAGAAGAAAAUCUGGACUGAAGAAAAACGCCAUUUCAUCACCCGGAGCUGCAAAGUAAAACAUUGGGAAAACUCUCCUCCAGGAUGCAGCUUUGUCUUUGAGAAUAAGUCGUUCUCGGGUUCAGAGGUGUUGCCAAGUAUCAGCGUGAGGUGUAACAGCACGUUUGUGGAAGGCCUCACAAAUUACCAGCCAAGUCUUCACAUCAAAAUGCAUCGUCCAAGCGCUCCCAACGUCAGCAGCUCCGCUAACGGGACCCGGGUGUGGUGGCGUCUAGAAGGCCCAGUUUCAUUCCUGUUCAAGUCCAGAUACAAAUUUGAGCUUCAGCUAAAAAAAAGCAAUGGAUCUUGGGAGAAGGCCAGGAAUAUUUGUUUAAGAGAGCAGGAGCUGCAACUCCCUGACCGGCACCUGAGCGGCCUGUGGCAGCUGAGAGUCAGAGUUAUCCCCGUCAGGGAGAACAGUCAGUGGAGUGACUGGAGUCCAACUACAACUUGGGUGGGGGAGACGCAGACGGAGGACGCUGUCACUAAAUCCACUCCAAAUUCAAAUAAUCAAGGACCAUGGGGGGAUCAAGUAUUUCUCAUAGUGACCGGAGUCACGCUCAUCUCCUUCCUCAUCAUCUCUCUUUUACUGGCCUUGUAUAGGAGGAAGAGAAGUCUCCUCAAAGUGAAGCCAGUUCCAAACCCAUCCAUGUAUUUCAACUCUCUCCACUCCAUCCACAGAGGAGACCUGAAGAAAUGGCUUAAUCCCCUCUCCUUGUCCGAGUCCAUUUUCACGGCACAGCUGUGUGACCUGAUUUCCCCUGUUGAGGUGUGUGAGGACUGGGUCACAAUGCCCUCUACAGCCACCGGCUCUACCAGGGCCCUUCUUUCCAACCAGAGCUUCCGCUCUUCGGGCUCAAAUGCCAGCAGGUUUGGCUACCACUCCUCCUCUCUGUCCAACUACUCCAACAUGGGUUAUUUCAUGUCAAGCUCCUCUGGGGCCUUAACUCCUACUGACCCCAAUCCAGGGUAUUUCACCUACCAAGACGAUUUCGGCCCUCACCCAUUCAUAGACUCAGACCCUUCUUAUGAAAGUUUGAAGAAGGAACCAAGCAGUCCCGACUCUGGCAUUGGCUUCAUAGAGGAAAACGAGGAGACAAAUAAAAGGCACAUGGAUGAAAGACAGGAGGACUGUCCUCCCUUUCUCUUCUUUUCCCAGCAUCUUUCUUCCUGCAUCUUCACCUCUUCCAUGCCUCCAGCUCUUCCUCACAUUGAUCCUGCAACACAGACAUCCUCUCAGAGCCUGCAAGAGGAAGUGGCAGAUGCGGCUGCAGGCAGCAGCUCAGCAGCUUUGCUCGCCAGCAGCUCUGUCUGCAGAUCCUCCUCCAUGCCUGUGGAGACCAGUAGAAGUGGCUAUCUGACACUGAAGGAGCUGCAGGCAACUUUCAGCAACAAGUCCAUCUGAAAAUACAGACAUCAAACUAAAGUACAAUGAUGUUUAUAAUCAAACUAAAGCAAACUGAUUCCUGUGAGCUUUCUAAAUGUGGGAAAGUUGAAAAUUCUUUUUUUUUUUUAAAAGAGUGAUUGUGGGUUUUUGUCUGCAUCCCGUGAAGUCGUGUGGUGAGAUUCUGGUCAGUUAAACUCUGCUGAAAUGAAACCAUGACUGAUAACAUUUGAGGCUCUCAAAAGGAGACUUUCAGAGGUUUUCAUAAAAAAAUAUUUUUCUUCUUGAGCUUCUCUUUCCACCAAUGAGCAUUAACCACUAGAGUGGGUAUCAAUAAGUUUACGAGACGCAAAAGUUCUGCUUCACAGAUUAACAGAUGUUAAACAUGUUCACAGAAUUCAUCUUAUUUCAAACAAAAGAAAAUGCACAAAAAAAAUAAUAAUUAAGAAUUGU